AUGACCGAUGGGCUCAAAAUUCCUUACAUUUCCCAUAUUGGGGCUGAGAGACUCAAACCGCUGUUCAUUGCGGGAAGUGCAGUAACAGUCGUAUUCAUGGAUCUCGGUCUCAUCUCUGAGCGUUGGCUUCGUCAUGCCGGCCAACUUGCCCGAAACAAAGGGAGGUUUGACAAGAUCUGUGCUGUUGGAUCGAUUCUUUUCUCGAUCGCUGGGGCUGUAGGUCUCAUUCUGCUGUCCAUAUUCGACACCAAGCAUCACUCAAACCUUCACGACGGGUUUUUGGCUAUGUUCAUAGCAUGCUACGUGGUCUGCGCCCUCCUGGUAUGUAUGGAAUACAUCCAAAUCGGCCGAUUUUACCAUCCGCAAGCCCGGAUUUUGUUAGUGAGCUUUUUCAUCAAAGCUCUUUUCAUCAUCUGUGAAGUUGCUGUCGCUAUUGGAUUUGGCGUAUGCAAAAGAGCCGGAAGAAACAGGAACGCAGCUGCUGUUUUAGAAUGGGUUGCCGCUCUUAUAUUCGCAUUCUUUGUUUUUUCUUUCAUCAUUGAUCUCCUGCCGUCCGUUCGUACCAAGAGACACGUUCCCCAGGGUGAAAAGUAUACUCGGCCGGAUGUGGAGAAUCGACCAGUUGACUUUUAA